UUUUUCAAAAUUUUCAAAUGUAAAGAUAAAAGAAAGACACACACAAAUAAUAAUAAUAAUAAAGAUUUAAUUUUAAAAAAAAGAAAGACAUUUGCUCCCAUUCUCAGGUGAGCGUCAAAGGGCAAAGGAAACGAGAGAAAAAAAGAGAGGAAAAAUCAGAGCUCUUUGAAGAUUCAAACCUAAAUCGAAACCGGAGAUGGGGAAAGAUCUGAGCGAUGAUCAGAAAUCCUCCAUGAGGGAGGCCUUUACCCUCUUCGAUACCGACGGCGAUGGCCGGAUCGCCCCAUCGGAGCUCGGUAUUUUAAUGCGUUCCCUCGGCGGCAACCCCACUCAAGCCCAACUCAAAGCCAUAAUCGCCGAGGAGAAUCUCACUUCUCCUUUUGAUUUCAAUCGUUUUCUUGAUAUCAUGUCCAAGCACAUGAAACCCGAGCCCUUCGAUCGCCAGCUUCGCGAUGCCUUUAAGGUUCUCGAUAAGGACAAUACCGGCUAUGUCCGUGUGUCCGAGCUCCGACACAUUUUGACGAGUAUAGGUGAGAAGCUUGAGCCCUCCGAGUUCGAUGAGUGGAUUCGAGAAGUUGAGGUUGGAUCCGAUGGAAGUAUUCGGUAUGAGGAUUUCAUUGCUCGAAUGGUCGCUAAAUGAGGAGGGAAGUAAUGCAAAAUUUGGUUUUCUGUGCUUUUACUCUAAUGGAUUUCUUAAGUAAUUUGUGGUGAUCUCUGUUGUUGUUCUUUUCUUUCUCUUUUUCCCCUUUUCCAAUUUCUGUUAAUUGGUUUCAGAUUACAAGACUUGGUUGGAUUUUGGUGGGAUGGAUGCGGUUGAUGUUCGCAUACUUUCCCAAGUAAUGCUAAUAUUAUUUGGAAAGAUUUAGGAUUAUGAAUGAGUUGUGUCUGGAUGGAUUCGAGGUGUAUUGAAAACUGUGGUUUUCUGGGUAACUUAGAAUUUGGUGAUUUGUAUGUGUUUCUUAGUUUGAAGUGCAAAACAAAAUGAGUAGAUUCUCCCACGAUUUAGUGUCUUGCAAUGGCUGAUAUUUCUUUGGUGUCUUGAAUUUAGAGAGAUUGAGAUGGUUUCUUUGUUUAUUUUGUAAGAUUUGAAAGAUUAAUUAAUCUUCUCUUGUUUCA